AAAUAAUUUAAUUUUUCUUAUGGCAACACCAUUUUUCACAGUGAAAGUAUGAAUAACUAUUUAAAUUUAAAAGGACGUACCUGCUUAAGAUUUUAUUCGUGCUUAUGCUGAAUAUUUGAAAAAAAAUAACAAGAUCAAAAUUCCAGAAUGGGGUUCAAUUGUAAAGACAGGACUUGGUAAAGAAAUCUCACCAAUUGACUAAGAUUGGAUGUAUGUUAGAGCUGCAGCACUUGCUCGUAAAAUUUAUGUCAGAGGUCACUGGGUAUGAAAUUUUAAAUUACAAAACAGGGAGUUGGAAAUCUCACUCAUAUGUUUGGUUCAGUUAAUGAUAAUGGCAAACAUGAAUCAGGAUCAGGAAAAGUCAUUAGAUACUUGCUUCAAUAAUUAGAAGCUAUUAAAGUUUUAAAGAAGGAUAACAAGUCUCUUUUAAAAAAGGGAUCAAGAAUUGUUACAAAAGAAGGAUAAUAAGACUUAAAUAGAAUUGCAACUCAAGUUGCCUUAGCAGCCAGAAAAUGAUUGAUAUAACAAUACAAUACAUAAGUACAUUAUAUAAUAAAUAAAGUUAAU